AUGGCAGACACUCUUGAGUCUGGGAGCGAGGGCGCCGGAGAGGCUGGCGAGGCAACAACACCUCAUGGGAUUGUGAAAUGUCUGAAACUACCACUGCCUGACAACAUUUUAGCUUAUCUAGAAAAAAGGGGAUUAGUAAGAGAUGAUCAGAUUAAGCCUUGUAAUAGUUUGGCAGAAAAAGUUACUUCUAAUUAUAUUAUAGCCAAAGAAAUUAUUAGCAACUUGUGCUGGCAGGAGAAGAUGCUAGCUAAGCUUGUGUGCAGUACAUGGCUUUCUGCUGUACACACAUUGGAGCGGGAGCAACUCAGUCCGGCAGACUUUGUUAUGGACUUGCAUUCUUGCUGCUCGUCUAGAGUGGGGAUAGAGUACAAGAAGUCUGCCAACUUUGCUACGGAGCCCUUGGCUGUACUAACCUUUGCAAACACAGCCGGUUUCAAUAUAACAUGCAAAUGUAAAGUCAUUUGCCCUAUUCCUUGUAUGCCUCCCUGUGAAAAGGAACAUUGCUUGCUGGAUCUGGUGCAGAGAUAUGUCAGUGCUCCAAAAGAUUGUAUGCUGACAGUGCGAGCUCAGUACCUCUCAUACAUGCCACUUCCACAGUCUAUAACUUAUGAACAUGCGAUCACUCGCCAUAUGUUUGUCCGCUCGAAUCCAUUCAUCGGAGGAGUUUACAUCCCAAAGCUACCUGAUGUUGAAUUCCAUGUAAUAAACAUAAAAUCUAAAGGAGAUAUAAAAUCUGAUUUCUAUAGAGAAAUAGAUAGAAUCUCAGAAACUAGAAUCUUCAAGGGAGUCAUUGUUUAUGUCACUGAGAAAUAUCUUUUGCAUUCAGUGCAGGAUAUAGUAUUCUUAAAUUACAUAAAGGAAGUGCAACCUGAUGUUCCAUAUGCUUUGGGAGGAUGCAUAGUGGAGGAUACAAUGUUUGAACAGAGUGAUCUAAACCACAUUGUAGACCAAGUGAAUGAGGGCAAGGACUUCAUCACAGAGAAUCUCAUCUCAAUAGGGCUGUUUUCAGUACCUAAGGGUGAGGAUAAUAAGGAGAAGGCUGAUAGGUACAACUUUGAAGUGUACUCGCUUAUCAUUGAUACCUCGGAUUGGGCCAAGUCAAGAAUAAGCAGUGCAAUCACUGAGUUUGCAGGACAAGUGCCAAGGUUCGAACACAGCGUGGCAAUCAAACUCUCCUGCCUCGGACGCGACCAAAAGCACGAAGUCGAGCAGGACUACUUCCGAGCAUCGUUCCCACAAACUCGCAUCGCCGGAUGCUACGGGAACGGCGAGCUCGGCAUCAACCACCCGCCGCGCCAGCCCGAGAAACCGAACCCUGCCAAACGCGUCCGCCAAGAUACGGGCCCUCACUUUGGAAUUAUGUACUCGUAUUCCACGGUCUUCAUGUACAUUGGCUGGGGUAAGAGCUCAGCUCCUGUGGAACCGUCGGCAAGCCUUCAAAAGACACGCAGCAAGACCCAAGCGCGAUUUAGAACGAAUUAGCACGGAUCUGAACUACUUAGAAGUUUUCUCAAAAGCUUUCGAUGUGAUUACACUUUUCGAUGUCAUUAUUGUCUUUAAGGUUGGGCAGUUUUUAAUAGUAAAAGGUGAAAAGUUGAAACGAGUAAAUAUGCUUAAUACAAUAUGCUAACAAGCGGCUUGGCAGUACCAGCAGAACAGGGCUAUGUUUUCUAAAUACUGAUGGAUUUUCUGCUUUUCAGCCUAUAGUUUUGCACCUUUGAAAAAUAGUUAAUAUUUCCAUAUUCUAGGUAUCUAGUAUAAAGCUAUCCCAUCCCAUGUUUAAGUACCUAUAUAGUAUAAACAAGAAUUCAGUGUAAUACCUUAUACAUGUAGACUUUAGAAUUAAAAUAACACAUUGACUAUGCAUUUACGCAUCAAUCAUUUAGGUAUAGGCAAAGAGAAUUUUAAGUAGAGGGUUACUGUCAUGGUAAAUUAUGUAGCUACAGUUCAUUUACUGCCAUCUUUCGAGUCUUUCGACAGAAGAUUAACACGGUUUGAACGCCAUUUGACUUUGAUCCUUAUUCUUUCACUGAUAUGUGUUAACUUGUUAAAUUUUAAUAUUAACGCCAUCUACUCGAGCAUAGGCUGAAGGUUAUGGCGCCAUCGCUCGAAAACGUUGCACCAUACCUUUGGCCUAUAGUCGAAUAGAUGGCGUUAAUAUUAAUAUUUAAUAGUUUAACACAUAUCAGUGAAAGAAUAAGGGUCAAGAUCAAAUGGCGUUCUAAUAGUUUUAUAUUCUGUCGAAAGAUGGCAGUAAAUUUACAGUGGCUACAUAAUUUACUUUGACAAUCCGUCUCUAUUCUAUUUGGUAUAGGGUAGCUGUAAGGAUUUUCUUGUAGUUUACUGUAACUGUUUUAUUCCAGGAGAAUGUCUAAGAUGAUUAAGAUUUUGAUUUAAUUUGCAAUCCUCUGGUACUGUUGCGAAAUUUACCUUCAUGAAAAAGGUUUAAAUUAAUUGAAGUAGAAUAUCAUUAUUGAAAUGUGGAUCGAUUAUCGAAAUUCUUACUCUAUCGACAAUCUUCUCUAUCGCUCGAAUAAUGCGACAGUGAUAGAGAUAGCGAAAGUUUAAUUUUUCGAAGUUCACGGUAGCUCCCACUUUUCACACACGCUUCUGGAAUAAAAUGGAUACCUAAUUGAAAUGAGUGUCUCAUAGAGUUACCCUAUAAGACUCGGUACAAAAUAAAAAUGAGACUACAGGUGUAAUAUUAUUUUUGUUUAUAGAUUUAGUUAUGGUAAGGCCUUAUACUCUGUAUCUUUAGGUACUUAAAUAAAAGUAAACAAAGAAUUUGUACAUUUUCGGGUAGUUAUAACAUUGAUUGAUUAACCAACCAAAUACAAAACCACCGGGAUCUCUGUCAUUGAACGACCUGACUUUAACCUACAUUAUUUGAUCAUGUAAUGUUUUCAUCUACCCUCAACUGGCUUAAGAAGCCAUUUGAGGGUAGAUUUUGUUUACUCUUUUUUAAAUACCUAAAUAUACAGACAUAGGUAGAUAUUGUCGGUAACAGUGAAACUUGCUACCAUUCUUUAAUUCAAUCAAAGUAACUAUCAAAACAUUAUCGGACUAAUUUUAUUUAGCACAGCUUACAUGUUACACUCUUGACCGACGAUGAAUAGAAAUGACAUUUAACUACUUAGUGGAAGGUGUAUGCACUAUGUAAAGAAAUAAAUCAAAUGAAGUAAGUCAAUC